AGCUAGAGACAGACGGUGAGCAGAACUCGUCGGAGGAGGAGGAUGGUGAACGCCGGGAUGCUGAUGUCGUGCCUCCGCGGAGGGGAGGUGUUCCAGAUGUCACGGAGCCUCUCGCCGCGGCCGCGCUACCCUUCGAUGCCCAAGUACCCAAAGAGGAAGGAGUCGUCGGCGGCGGUCGGCUCGGCCGGAGACGACGAGGAUCUGGAGGCGAGCAGUGCUGGGGCGGAACACGGGGAGGAAGAGGCCAAGAAGGUGGCUGUGUUCUCGGUCGUCGGGAUGACGUGCGCCGCCUGCGCUGGGUCGGUGGAGAAGGCAGUCAAGCGGCUGCCGGGGAUCCACGACGCCGCCGUCGACGUGCUGAAUGAUCGCGCGCAAAUCAUAUUCUACCCGGCCUUUGUUUCGGAGGACAGAAUCAGGGAAACGAUUGAAGAUGUUGGUUUCGCAGCCGCACUACUAAAAGAGGAGAUGAAAGAAGAAAAAUCAUCUCUAACAUGCCGAUUGCGCGUAAAAGGAAUGACUUGCACUUCGUGCUCGACUAAUGUCGAAUCUGCUCUUCGAUCUGUUCCCGGUGUACAAAAGGCCAUCGUUGCUCUGGCUACCGAAGAAGCCGAGAUUCGCUAUGAUCCUAGAAUUGUAAGUGCCAACAGACUCAUGGAGACAGUCGAAGACACCGGCUUUGAGGCUCUACUUAUUACCACAGGAGAAGAUGUUAACAGAAUAGAACUGAAAAUCGAUAUCGAUGGUGAAUUCUCCACGAGAUACAUCUCAAUGGUUAAGAACUCUAUCGAGGCACUCCCCGGUGUACACCACACCAACAUCGAUGCUGCUCUUCACAAAAUUACGAUAUCUUACAAGCCUGAUCAGACAGGGCCAAGGAAUUUCAUCGAAAUUAUCGAGUCUGCUGGAUCCGGACAUCUCAAGGCAUCGAUAUACCCCCAAGUUAGGGGAAGGGAACUCCACAGAAACGACGAUAUUAAGCAGUAUCGUCGAUCUUUUCUUUGGAGUUUGGUCUUCACCAUCCCGGUGUUUCUCACUUCAAUGGUGUUCAUGUACAUCCCCGGCACUAAACAAGUUUUAGACAAGGAGAUAGUCAACAUGUUGAGGAUCGGAGAGCUGUUGCGAUGGAUUUUAUCGACUCCUGUCCAAUUCAUAAUCGGUCGAAGGUUUUACGUCGGAUCGUAUAAAGCCUUGCGUAGAAGAUCUCCAAAUAUGGACGUGCUGAUCACUCUGGGAACAAACGCAGCGUAUUUCUAUUCACUCUAUUCCGUGCUCAGAGCUGCGACUUCAGAGAGCUUUAAGUCGACUGAUUUUUUCGAAACUAGCUCCAUGCUCAUAUCCUUCAUUCUUCUCGGGAAGUAUCUUGAGAUUUUAGCCAAAGGGAAGACAUCGGAGGCCAUUGCUAAGCUCAUGGACUUGACGCCCGACACCGCAAUAUUGCUCGACCUUGAUAGCGAAGGAAAUGUAGUGAGCGAAACAGAGAUAGACAGUCGACUGAUUCAGAAAAACGACGUGAUCAAAGUAGUGCCGGGAGGGAAAGUGGCUUCGGAUGGCUUUGUUAUAUGGGGCCAGAGCCAUGUGAACGAGAGCAUGAUAACUGGGGAAUCAAGGCCUGUCGCGAAGAGGAGAGGCGAUACUGUUAUCGGUGGCACUGUCAACGAAAAUGGCGCGCUGCACGUCCGCGCCACGCACGUCGGAGCAGAGAGCGCCCUUUCGCAAAUCGUUCGUCUGGUGGAGUCGGCUCAAAUGGCUAAAGCUCCUGUACAGAAACUUGCUGAUCACAUCUCCAAAUACUUUGUGCCCCUUGUCAUUGCUCUUUCAUUUUCGACUUGGCUGGUUUGGUUCUUGGCGGGGAAGUUCAACUCCUACCCCAAGUCAUGGAUUCCAUCUUCGAUGGAUAGCUUUCAGCUUGCACUUCAGUUUGGCAUAUCGGUCAUGGUGAUCGCAUGUCCAUGUGCCCUUGGCCUCGCCACUCCAACUGCUGUCAUGGUUGGAACAGGAGUAGGUGCCUCUCAAGGUGUGCUCAUUAAAGGAGGACAAGCAUUGGAGAGUGCACAUAAGGUGAAUUGUGUCGUCUUUGAUAAGACAGGCACACUUACCACUGGAAAACCUGUUGUUGUGAGCACACGGCUAUUGAAGAACAUGGUGCUGCGAGAUUUCUAUGAAUAUGUAGCAGCUGCUGAGGUCAACAGUGAGCACCCUUUGGCAAAAGCUAUAGUUGAGUAUGCUAAAAGAUUUGGUGCGGAAGAAGAAAGCCAUUUCUGGCCCGAAGCACGAGAUUUCACUGCGAUCACAGGCCACGGAGUCAAAGCUUCAGUCAGGCACAAAGAAGUCAUGGUCGGUAACAAAAGCUUGAUGCUGGAAUCGGGAAUCGAUAUCCCCGACGAGGCUUCUGAGAUUCUCACAGAAACAGAGAGAAAUGCACAGACGGGAAUAGUAGUCGCCGUCGACGGAGAAGUCACCGGCAUAAUCGCAGUGUCUGACCCACUGAAACCCGGCGCCCGGGAAGUCGUAUCUCUUCUACGAUCCAUGAAAGUGAAGAGCAUUAUGGUGACAGGGGACAACUGGGGCACUGCAAAUGCAAUCGCCGGCGAUGUCGGAAUCGACACUUUCAUUGCUGAAGCAAAACCACACGUAAAGGCGGAGAAAAUAAAGGAACUUCAGAUGUCUGGAUUAACUGUGGCGAUGGUCGGAGAUGGCAUCAACGAUUCGCCGGCGCUUGUGUCUGCCGAUGUCGGGAUGGCUAUCGGCGCCGGAACAGACGUGGCGAUCGAAGCGGCUGAUAUAGUUCUUAUGAAGAGCAACUUGGAGGACGUAAUAACUGCAAUCGAUCUCUCGAGGAAGACAUUCUUCAGGAUCCGAAUGAAUUACAUCUGGGCACUCGGCUACAACAUCCUUGGAAUCCCCAUCGCUGCUGGAGUCGUCUUCCCUUUCACCGGAUUCAGGCUGCCGCCGUGGAUCGCCGGUGCUGCGAUGGCUGCUUCUUCAGUGAGCGUAGUCUGCUGCUCCCUCCUGUUGAAGAACUACACGAGGCCUCGGAAGUUGGACGCCAUUCCGAUGAACCAAGUCGUCGUCGUCGAUUAAAAUCAUGCUUAAUUAGUUUUUGUGAUCUUGUGUAAAUUGUUGUAAAUAGUUUGUGUUGCUGUGUGUUGUUUAAAUUUGUAGAUAAACUGCUUGGUGGAAUAGACUAUGGAAUUC